GGCUUUAAUUUUUUACAAAGCAAAAACAUUAAUUUCACCAGCAAAACAUUUAUAAAUAAAACGGGUAUAUUUGUACGUUACUUGUGAACAAAUAACAAUCCACAUAAUCAUAAAGUCUAACUAAACUGAUCAUAAAUUAAGACUUAAGUUAAACUUAAACUUCAAGUUUGUGACAUCUGCUGAUUUUUUUUCCAGGACCAUCUUGAAUACAUUCAAGUUCAACUAUUGUUUGAUCCAGAUAUUUUAUUUUAUGACGUCAUUUGUAGAAAUAAAUUUAGUGAUGGUCAGAUGAUGAAGUCAUAUGAACAUUAUGAAUGUUUUUUGUCGGUUGGCGAUGAACCAUUCCAUUUGAAUGUGACAUUUAACUCUACGGAAGUCAUCAUAGCAUCAACAACUGUAAAUGUAAUUAAAUGCUCUGCGUUCCACAGUUGCGGUGCAUGCGUAAAUACAACGGCUUGUUUUUGGUGUCUUGACGCUGUAUCCUGUGUUAGACAUGCAGCAACCUGUAUUACCGCAGUUAACAUUUCGAUGACAGAAAACCAAUGUCCAAGAUUAACAAGUACUAAGGUAUUGAUACAGGCUAGCGGCAAAACUGAAAAUUUGAUGAUAAAUGUCGUUAAUUUAUAUAAAUAUGGUAAUAGCACGGAGAAACUGCGAUGUGUUGUUGGUGAUGAGGAGUACGCUGUUGUGGUAUACGACUCAUAUACUGUUGUAUGUCAGGAUAUUAAGGCCCCUAAAUCAGACAUAACGAAAUUGUAUCUUGAGUAUGAUGGUUCAAGGUUAGAUAAUGCUGCCGAUGUAGAAGUUUAUGGAUGUAAUGACUUUAGUAGCAGUUGCGGAGUUUGUAAAUAUCAUAAAACCCAGGGGUUCAAAUGUGAUUGGUGUGGAUCAUGCAAAACUACAAUUGAUGGUGCACCAGAGAAAUGUAAACAAGACGAAUUUGUUCAAUGUCAUCUUUCAGUAUCAGAGGUGUAUCCAUCUGCAGGGCCUGAAUUUGGCGGAACUGUGAUUAACAUUACUGGAAGUAAUAUUGGUAACAGAGGAGAUAAUAUUUCAGUUACCAUAAAUGGUGUUGAUUGCGAAAAUGUGACAGUUAUAAAACCAUCUACUGUUAUCAGUUGUUUAACUUGCAAUGCAUCUGCAAGCACACAGAACGGAAUAGAAGUCACGGUAAAUGAAGUCCUUAGCCCUUUAGCAAGACACAAAUACACUUUUCGGAGUCAACUUGAAUUAUUAACCUUUUCGCCGAGCAGAAGUAUUUUAUCUGGAGGAAGAAAGAUAUCAAUCCGAGGAACAAAUAUUGGUUUUAUGGGAAGUCGCUACAACGUUUUAUUUUGUAAUGACAUCAAAUGUAUACAGUGCAGAUUUCUUCAAAUUGAAGGAGACCAUACUUUGACAUGCAAUAUGGAUGGAUCAGAUAGUGUCAUUACUUUAACAUAUUUGAGUGUUACUAUUGAUGGAAAUACACAUCUUACCCUCAACAAAGAGUUCAUGAUUGUUGCCGAUCCAUUAGUUGCCCCUCUGUCUGUAGACAGUUCUUCUGUAUUUCGAAGUGGAGGACAAAAACUAACUGUAACAGGAACUGGCUUUUUGAACGUAGGGGUUGUUAUGGUAGACACUCCAGUAAGAAUGAUACAAGAUGCUGUUCCAUGUACAAUAAUAUCUGAUAGCAUUGUAGUAUGUAAAUCUCCACCGUAUGUGAAAUCAGAUUUCGAAAGAAGGAAAAGAGCAGCUGUACAAAACAUUUAUGUUCAUUUUGAUAGUUAUAGAGUAUCCUUGGGAGUAUUUUAUGUGGAUGAUCCUCUGUUGGAGAAACUAUCAAAAGUUUUUGUAUAUCUCAGUAAUGCAAUCUUAGAAAUCAAGGGUCGUGGAUUAUUAGAAGGUGCUAGACCUGAUGAUUAUUUCAUACGCGUAGGUUUGGAUGGUUUAUGUCUAAUUACAGAUAUAAACAAUGACAACAUCACAUGUCUACCACCCAAAACAAAACCGCGUACAAAUACCGGAGAUUUAGUGUUUAUUGUGGUUGUCGUUGGGAACAUUAAUGAACAUGUUGGAUAUUUGCGGUAUGAAUCUUCUACCAGUGAAAAUAAUAAUAUAGUUCUUUAUGGAGUAGCUGGAGGUGUAAUUAUAGUAGUUUUGGUUAUCAUAUCAGUUGUCGUUCUUAUGAUGCGGCGUUCAAUGAAAAGGAAAAUAGACAAGACAAAGACUGAAAUGAAAGAAAUGAAGGAAGAAAUUAGCAAGAUUAUCGUCAAAGAGGAUGGAUUGUCUGCAGGAAUAGCGAACUCAAGGAUGGAAUUUGUUGAGCCUUACGACGAAGUUUAUGAUGAAAUAAAUGCAGAGGAAGAAUCAAAUAGCAACUCAAAUAGAAACACAUAUUUAGAUGUUACUUCUGGAUAUGAAGAUCUCGGACAAGUGUCAGCAACGAACCCGUAUAAUCAGCUACAUCAAGCGAAUACUGAAGACCUUAAUCAAGAAGUGGCGAAUACUGAUAACCUUACAAGUACACAACUAUCUUCUAAUGACUUUGCACAAUUCGAGAAUUACAUGGAACCGGUUGAUACAACAAAUUAAAGCAACAACUCAAAUAUUGUGUCCGUUAACUGCAAAUAAUAUGAAAUCUAACGGAUUGAGAUAAACUUUCAACAGAUGAUGAACCUAAACACAAUUACUUGAAUAUAUCCAUAUCAAAUAUGAAAUGUAUUUGUUUUUAUCAAGAUUUUUUUUUCUAUCUAUGUGCCUAAUUAUCCCCAAAACUAGAUUUAAAUCAAACACUACUGAACAUCAAAACAUUCAAAACUUUCAUUUUGCAAUUUUUAAUUCAGAAUUAGAUAUGCUAAAUUCACUCAUCAAGCAUGAUUUCCUCUCGCGUAGAUAUUUCUUACUGUCAGAUGAAAGCACAUUCCCGGAUUUCAUUGAAAUGUUUUAUGACCAACGCUUAUACACCUUAAUGAAACAAAAAAAUGUACAGGGAGGUGUAAAGCUCUAAAAAGAUCCAACAGAGAUAGCGCAGAUACCAUGUCAAACUCAAUCUAUUUUUGAAUUGCAUUGAAUACAGUUAUAAAUGUUACAGAAACUGAUUUUUCUUUUUAAAGACAACCUUUUUAGAAACAAGUACUGCUACAUAUGCUUGGACAUCAAUUCAUUUUAAUCUUGAUCAGAGGUAUUCUGGUACACAUAAUAAAAAGAUGAUUAUAGACAAAUCUGCACGGUAAUGCGUGUCUCUCUGACCAACCAUCGUCAAUGUAUUUAUAUUAUGCUCUACAUGUAUUUAUUAUGUUAUAAUUUAAUUUUGGAUGUAACACGUCUUCUGAUUAGCUGAAAGUGUUUUGUCUAUCAUAAAAACAUAAUUUUAUCAUGUGACCGUAACGUCACCAACGUUUUUUCUGUCUUCAAAAUGUACUACUUUAAAAUCGAAUUUAGAAUUAAAUUAUAAGGAAUUACUGUAUUAUUUUUUCUGUCUAUUCGAAAUUACCUAAAAAAUGUUAUUUCUUCAUAGACAGAAAAAAUAUUACAGUCAUUCCUUAAUUAUUUUAAAUACACAUGAUUUGUAUUGUCUUCUUUCAAAUAGUCUAAAUUUUACUUUCGUCUUCUGAAAUAUGUUUGUUUUAAUUGUCUUUAAUAGUUUUCACAAUUUUAAAACCUGAAAACCAUAAUAGAAAAUUUAUGAAAAGUGUAUCCUGCACAUCACACUGACGCGCAUAUAAAUAUAUAUUAACUAGAUUCAAUUGUAGAAAUCAUUAAUGCAUACAUGUAGGUUACCGUUGGUUUUUUUUAAUAUUUCUCCUUUAAAUGCCUUUAUAUUUAAAGGUUUCUCGUGUGGUUUGCACUUUUUUAACGGGUCAAAGUUCAAUAAAAACGAAACAUUUACUGCUUUCCUCUGCUUUCGCUUUUGUGGUGUCUCAAAAACAAAAAUAUAACUCUAUUCUCGACAAUAAUAUUUAAAUAUGUAAACACUCGUUAUACUCACUAAAUUUUCACAAGAGGAGAAAUAUCAUACCACAAUCGCUGCAGUGAUUGUGUGUUUGUAUCUGUAUGUUGGAUACAUGAAUAUUUGUUUUUCAUGAAAUGUUGUUAUCUUAAAAAAAGAUAUUUCAUACAUGAACUAAUAUGUUUUCUUAUCCAUUUGUUUAUCUUUUCUAUAUAUUCAAAUACAACAAAUGGUGCAUAUAUAGAAAAAACUAACAUGUGUUCUUUAAAUCAUUUUUUUAACACUUGAAUAUUCUUUAAAUCAUUUUAUAAACUGACUAUAUUAUAUGGUCAUGGAAACACGUAUUUUCUAAACUGUCUUCUACAGCAAUAUGGUGCGCCGAAUAACCUGGAAGUAACUGGAAAUUUUAAAUUGUUGAAUUGUUUUUAAUUAUAUGAUACAGACUG